CUUUAUAGAGAAAUUACGGAGUAUCAGUUAAAGAAAAUAAAAAAGUAAAAUAAGAAAAAAGGAAAAAAUUCCAAAAUAGAUUUUCCCUCAAAAAAACUCCAACUCGUUGCUCCUCCGCCUUCAACUCCUCCAUCUCCUCCGUUCUCCGCCUUCAAUCUCUCUCAUCAAAACCCUAACUACUCCCCUUCAACAAAACCACCACCUUCUAGUUUUAUCACCAACUCCUAUAGUUAGCGCCACCGCCAUUGUAGGUUUUCAAUUCGAAGGACCCACAACCACCUCUCUGCCGCCGCUAUUCUCAGUUUGACGGCACUGCGUAUGCUUUUUUCUUCAUCAGGAUGGCAACUGGGAUUUCUCAGGAAGACGGAGAGAGGAAUCCUAGAGGAGCUACGCGGUCAUGGGGACCUGCCGCCUCAGGACAAUCAGUAUCAACUAGUGGCAGUGUGGGAUCACCGACCAGCCGUAGCGAAGCUGGAAUGACAACACCAGCUCGUGACAGUACUGUUCUUAGACUAAGCCACCUUGAGAUUCACGGUGAUGAAUCUACCUCUCAGGCUGCUGUUGUGAGUAAGAAGAAAAAAAGAGGUCAACGUGCAACUGGAACUGAUAAAAGUGGUCGUGGACUUCGACAGUUCAGUAUGAAAGUUUGCGAGAAAGUGGAGAGCAAGGGAAGGACAACAUACAACGAGGUAGCAGACGAACUAGUUGCUGAAUAUGCAGAUGCAAGUAAUGCUCUUGGGACGAACGAACCUCCAGGAUAUGAUGAGAAAAACAUUCGCCGAAGAGUGUAUGACGCAUUGAAUGUUCUAAUGGCAAUGGAUAUAAUUUCCAAGGAUAAAAAGGAAAUACAAUGGAGAGGUCUGCCUCGAACAAGCUUGAAUGAUAUUGAGGAGUUAAAGGCAGAGCGGGUUGGACUGAGAAAUAGAAUAGAAAAGAAAGCUGUGUAUUUGCGGGAACUGGAGGAACAAUUCAUAGGAUAUCAAAACCUCAUCCAACGUAAUCAGCAACUGUAUUGUGAUGGGAAUGCUCCUACUGGUGGUGUGGCUUUACCUUUUAUUCUAGUUCAGACUAGACCAAAUGCUACUGUUGAAGUGGAAAUAUCAGAAGAUAUGCAGCUUGUGCAUUUUGAUUUUAACAGUACCCCUUUCGAACUCCACGAUGACAACUACGUCCUGAAACAAAUGAAAUUUUCUGACCAACCUUCUCCAUGUGAUGGUGGUGGGGCUUGUGAUACUCCUCUGGCUAUAGUGGCUAAUAAUGCAGGUGAAGGUGGUUCUAGCACGUUCCAUCCUCAAAUCUCUCAGCCAUCUUCACCUGAACAACCGUAUCACAACCAAAUUUCUCAGCCACCAUCACCACCCAAACCGUAUCAACCUCAAACUUGUACGCCACCAUCACCUCCAUCGAACUCAUACCAACCUCAGAUGCUAUUGCCCCCUUCACGUCCGAAUACAGCAAUGAAGACUCCAACAUCACCACCGCUUCCUGGAAUACUCAAAGCUCGUGUUCAGCAUGACAAAUAGACCAUAGAUGUUGAACCUUUUGUUUUCCGUCACAUCUCCUUUUCUGUUGUGUAUAAGUUCCUAUCGAACGUGGCUGUAUGCCAUGACUCUCCCUCAAUACAGCAGUUUCAGCUGGAGGGAGGUAUUAUUUAGGAGUGACACAAAACUAAUUACUGCAGAUUUAUAGGAGUUUUCUGUAUCAUCAUUUUUAAUUCAAGUAAUUAUUCCUGUGAAAUAUUAUGUUGUUUAA